UUUCCCAUAAAAGCCCAAACAAUAUUUCACGUUCCUCCACCUCCUCUGUUCCGUUCGACUCUCAUCAGAAUCCGAGACUGACAAAAUCACGAUCACCGGCAUGAAAAAACCCACGACUCUGAUCUCCGAUUUCGCUCUUCAAAGACUAUGUAGAUCAUAUAACUUCAACUCUUAGUUGUAGUAUAUCCCCGGAUUCGUUCUCAUUUCCUAUCAAAUGGCGUCUUCAAAUUCGCUCAUGUACAGCUUGUUCCAGCGAAGCCUCGAGGAUCUCAUCAAAGGUAUACGUCUCCAGCUACACGGAGAUUCCUCUUUCAUAUCUAAAUCCCUAGACGAAAUCCGCCGCGAGAUCAAAUUGACGGAUCUCUCCACGAAAUCCAUCGCGUUACAGAAACUAUCCUACCUCGCCGCACUCCACGGCGUCGAUAUGUCCUGGGCAGCGUUCCACGCCGUAGAGGUCGUGUCGUCGUCUCGAUUUGGGGAUAAGAGGAUCGGUUACCACGCCAUUGCUCAGUCGUUCAACGAUCAGACGCCGGUUCUGCUUCUGAUCACGAACCAGCUCCGGAAGGAUUUGAAUAGUUCGAAUGAAUACGAGGUGAGUCUAGCGCUGGAGUGUUUGUCUAGGGUUGGAACUGAUGAUCUAGCUAGGGAUUUAACUUCUGAGGUUUUUACGCUCUUGGGGAGUAGUAAGGCUUUUGUUAGGAAGAAAGCUAUAGGUGUGGUUUUGAGGGUUUUUGAUAAGUACCCUGAUGCUGUUAAGGUGUGUUUCAAGCGUCUUGUUGAGAAUCUGGAGAGCUCUGAUCAGCAUAUUUUGUCAGCUGUGGUUGGAGUGUUCUGUGAACUCACCACAAAAGAUCCCAGAUCUUAUCUUCCUUUAGCUCCUGAGUUUUACAAGAUUCUGGUAGAUUCGAGGAACACCUGGGUUCUGAUUAAGGUUCUUAAGGUAUUUGCUAAGCUGGCUUCGAUCGAGCCUAGGUUGGCUAAGAAAGUGGCUGAUCCUAUCUGUGAACAUAUGAGGAGGAACGUGGGAAAGUCUUUGCUGUUUGAGUGUAUUAGAACAGUAGUGAGUGGCUUGAGCGAUCAGGAAACAGCUUUGAAACUUGCGGUUGCAAAGAUUAGGGAUUUUCUUGUGGACGAUGAUCCGAAUCUCAAGUAUCUUGGUCUUCAUGCCUUGUCGAUUGUUGCUCCAAAGCAUUUAUGGGCAGUUUUGGAGAACAAAGAAGCUGUCGUCAAGGCUCUGAGCGAUGAGGAUCCAAAUGUUAAACUUGAGGCUUUGCAUCUUUUAAUGGCAAUGGUGAAUGAAGAUAAUGUGUCUGAGAUCUCUCGAAUUCUUAUGAAUUAUGCUCUUAAGUCUGGUCCUUUGUUCUGCAACGAAGUUAUAGGUUCCGUACUACUCGCAUGCUCCCGGAACUCAUAUGAGAUCGUAGUUGACUUUGAUUGGUAUUUGUCUCUUCUAGGUGAGAUGGCUAGAAUCCCACAUUGUCAAAGAGGGCAAGAAAUUGGGCAUCAGUUGAUUGAUAUUGGUAUGAGGGUCAAAGAUGCUAGACCGGAGCUAGUUAGAAUUUCUCGAGCACUGCUUAUUGAUCCUGCAUUGCUUGGUAAUCAAUCCUUGCACCCUAUAUUGUCUGCUGCUGCUUGGGCUUCAGGGGAAUAUGUCGAAUUCUCUAAGACUUCUUAUGACAUUGCAGAGGCGCUUCUGCAACCACGUACGUCACUCUUACCGCCUUCAAUUAGAGCAAUCUACAUACAUUCCACUUUCAAAGUUCUCGUCUUCAGUCUCAAGGCGUACUUCUCAGCCCAGGAAUCCACGUCCUCGCCCUUGGUUGAGGAGUCUACUAGCUCUGUUUCUUCACCGGAGAAUGCUUUCACAUACAAAUCUAUAUCGAGUCUGGUGAAUAUGAUUGAACUUGGGCUGUGCUCGUUAUCUGGGACCCUGGAUGUUGAAGUGCAGGAGAGAGCCAAGAACGUUCUAGGAUUCACCGGUAUGAUAAAGCACAAAAUAGCCGAGGAAGUAACAGCCCAAGGGAGUGAAAUAGAGGCUUCUAGAGCUGUAGCAUUCAUGGAAGAUGUCUUCUCAGAGGAGCUUUGCCCUGUUUCUGCAACUGCACAGGAAAAAUUUCCCUUGCCAGAUGGGUUAGAGCUAAAAGAGAAUCUUGAAGAUCUGCAAGAGAUUUGUGGAGAAUUUCUCAAACCAGUUGUGGAAUCAAAUUCGAAUUUGUUCUCAUCCUCAGAAAAGAUCAGCUUCUCUGUUGCUAGACUCAGAAUCAGUGAUCAACAAGAAGCCUCAUCAUCUUCAUCCCAUCCACCUGAGUCUGCAUCCUUACUUGCGGAGCACAGAAAACGUCAUGGCAUGUACUACCUUUCUUCUCAGAAGAGCGACGACCACAAUGACAGCAAUGGCAACAACAAUACGCUGAACGAAUACCCACCAGCGAAUGAGAUAUCAGCGGACUCAUUUAACCCCAAAAAGAAGAUGAACCAAUCAAAACCGAGACCUGUAGUGGUGAAACUGGACGAAGGAGAUGACUUCAAGAUGAAGCCAGACGCUAGUAGUAAUGAUGAACCUCUGUCUCGUGCGAUCCAGACAGCUCUAAUGGGUAAAGGGAAAGAGAAGGAAAGAGAAAAAGACAACCACGAGAGAAGUCUUGAUCCAGGUAUCAAAGAACAGAGCUCGAGAAAAGAGAAGAAGACGAAGAAGAAAAAUGGAGAGAAAAGUAGUAAGCAUAGAUCACGACGACGAUCUGACAAGGAUGCAAUCGCAGCGAAACCAGUCGAAAUCGUAGAUUUUCUCUUAUGAGUACUAAACUAGUUGGGUUGGAGUUUGUGUCUCAGACCAGACAAGUUGGUGUGUUAUUUUGUACAGUGAUUUCAUGUACCCAUAAUUGAUUAUUUUGUGUUUAUGAAA